UGCAGCCUUUUAAAAUCUACCACGAUCUACGUGCGCACGGAAGCCCUUGAAAUCCUCGAUCAGGCGCAUAUUAUACAGUCUUUUCAAAGUUGCAAAAUGUUUAAUGAUUCUUACAGUCUUGGUCAUUUAUGGAGUGCAAGAAAUACACACUGGAAGAGUGAUAUGUCGAAGGAUUAUGGCGUUGGGUUAUCAAAUUGUCCCAUCGACUCUGCCUUCAUGGGUCCAAAUCUUUGGAAUGAAUCUUUCAUGAUCUCUGAUCUCGAUAACAUUAAGUUGGACGAGUUUAGUUCGAAUAUUCCUGAGGAAACAACGAUUGCUCCAAGCUCAUUGGACGUUUUUGAGGAAAUCAAACCAACACUGGAGUCGAUCUCGACAACAGUGCCUCAAAUACCUGUUGUAAAAUGCCAGCCGUCCGCCUCCAGAAUUUGUAGCAGUUUUCGAUCUGCUGAAGAUUGCUCAUGUUCCUUCAAAACACAUGUUUGCAACGGGCCUCCACCAAAAGUAAAGAAUGCGGUCCUUUCAGAUCAGAAAACCGAGCAGUACUGGAGACGCCGGACUAAAAACAAUGCUGCCGCGAAGCGGUCACGAGAUACUCGUCGUAUGCUGGAAAAGCAAGCUCAUUUGAAAGCGAGCAUACUGGAGCGCGAGAAUGCACAGCUACGUUUUGAACUGAACCGCCUUACGGAGGAGAACCGAUCCUUACGACAGCUUCUCGAUAGAUCCACAUCGUCAUCUGUGAUAACUGCGCCUGCUGCUCCCUUCCAAUGGCUGUGAUCUUAACAAAUUUGCUUUUUUUUAAUCGUUACCCUCUUUUUCAAUUGCAGAUUUUUGCUCAACCGUACUGGUUCAUCUACGCCUUUCAGCUAUCAUGCAGACAUCAUCGAACCGUUCUUUCCCUUUAUCCGGUGAUAAUCACAGCUAGUUAUCAGCCAUCUUGCACUAUUUUUCUUUGAUUAUUUCUGUCUUUUGUGUUUUGUGCACCUAUAAAUGAUGCAAUACAGAAGUCUUUCUUUGAAAACAGCCAAAAUGUGGCCACCUCCUUUCCCCCCGCUCAUUUGUUCUAAAUGGACCGCGUCGAGGUUUGGAACACACCGCUCCACAUUGGGCCAGGCUCUUCCCAAGCUGCAUUGACUUUGUAUAUACACUACGUAACCACUUUAUCGUUACCUUGCCCGUGAUGACGUGUUCACAUAAUACAGGCAGCCGUUAACGUUCCUCACAAGCAAAGUUAUAGACAAGCUUGAUGGAUUAAGCCAGCAUUAGCGCACAUCCUACAGUGGUCCGAUUGUCCUGCGGAUGAGUUACUUUGCCAGUAUAUGCAUAUACACAGGCCAAGUAGCCUGUCACGGCCCUUGUCGACCUAUAACCAAGACAUGUCAUGUCUUCGACCCUUUUUCGGUGCAGUUUAAAGCACUGCUCACGAAGUAUGUUCUCGCACGAUUUCUUGCUCAUUUGAGCCUAAAGGGGCAACCAUAGUAAUGUGUAACUUAUUAUCUUUAAUAGCAUACGGACUUCGUUUGAGUAUGGGAGAUUGUCUCCGCGUGACUCGCGCACUAGUUGUGGCAGGUUGAUCCUCAUCCAGCACCCGAAUUGAAUCUGCAACAAUGGCUUCUGUGGAAUGAGGUUAAAUUCGCAGCGUGUUAAGCUGAAACAUUGUGGUGCUGUGACCCAUGCAUUUCAGCAUUGCAGUCGGUUAUUCUUUGUUGUGCCUUAUCAUCGUAUUCAUAUGCUGACAAAUGCAUUUUUUGAACCUCCACUUCGGACGUUGAUUUCGAGCCGGUCCGUAGACUUGAAGAUCACAACCCCGCCUUGUAAUCCGAGGGCGUGGGUUCGAGCCUGUGUAGGGACCGGAUAACCACCACAGUAUCCUUAGCCCACAUGCGAUUGGUGGUGGUUGCGCGGCAGCCUAGCGUCGGUCCUACGUACCGGCGUAAUGCCGAUGCCUUUUUAUUUUGAUUUCGAGACAGCAUCUUCAACUAAAUGACUAACAUAAACCUUCGACGUCCAAAAUGAUGAGUGAGUAAACGAUCAUAAGGCAAAAUUGUGCAUAGUGAAAAUGAGUGCAAUCGUUCGUUUCGAAAAUGGGCUCAUCGGAAUACAGGGCCCGUUGUGCCGUUUUUAACUUAUUAUUUAACUAAACGCAGAAUGGGGUGCAUUAUGUCGAGCCGUUGGAGCGGGAUUGUCAGACCGCAAAAAGGCUGGCUAGUCCAAAAAAAAGCCGAGAGAACCCGAACCUCCACUGCCACCAAACAGUGCGCUUGGGAAUGACCUCUUCCCACCACCGCACUCCGCCUAGUGCCAAAACGAUCUUCGUCCUAAGAAGAACGUCUAGUUUUUGCGUUUUAUUACCCGUUUACUGUAGCGAUUCUCGAGCGCGUCGCUCUUGAGUUGUCAGUCGAUCGGACGUUAAGCUUGCAAGCAUGUAGGGGCAAAAAAUGAAAAUCGCCAAAAAGUACGUAAGAACGGCUUGUGCGCGACGGCAUUGAUUGGGCUUUUAUUUUUUCUGAAGCUUUUGGGAGGCUUGUACCUUUUUGGUUUCCGAACUGUUAUUCAGCUAAAACGUGACGAAUUUAUACGACAUUUACAGAUCCAAACGUAUUCGGAAAAGCGAACGCGCUUACAAAUCUCCCGACCAUGCUGGUUGGUCGUGGGAGGUAACAGGUCGGGAUCGAAAUAUGUCGAGACGGCUGAUGCCUCUAGACCAGGAUCGUGGUCUGAUUGGAUGACGUUUGUCUGCUGAAGAUUGGUGCUGUCAGUUAUAACACACCAAGCAUUGCUAAACGAUGAAGAUGGUUUUCUCCAAAAAGGCUGAUUUCAGGCGCUCGAUGAUAACAAAUUAAUGUCGGCCACCGCGGUCGAUUUGUACGAUUGUUUACUAAAGGGCCCGAUGUACGGCGACUGCAGAGGCUGUCGCACACCGUCUACGCGAAGCAGUAACCGUGUGCACGUACACCAGUGUCUUCUGCAGCCAUGAAGCUGGCGGGCACAGCUCACGCAGUUGGUGAGCUAACCGGUCCGUAUAACUCCCGUUGUCGAAAGAUAACGUAGACGGUGCUGGUGCUACCAGCUGUUCGGACAAACGCAGCGUGCAGCCGUAGAUUAGCUGCGCUGGUGUCGCGUUGAGUGUGGCCUUUACAGUGUUCCUAAGGCCAAUAUGGGCAAAAGGAGGUGUAUCGCAUCCUGAAGGAUCUGCGUGCGCUCAGAGUCCUGCUUUCAGUUGGUGGUGAAAUCGCUCUACCAUACCGUUAUCGGCCGGAUGUUACUCCCUCGUCUGGACGUGGUGACAACCUAAAUCCUUAAGCAACGUGGCGAAACGAGACGAAAAAUGUAACUUUCGAUCGGUGGUGGGAUAGCGAUACUGUGCUAUCCAGCGCUCUAUAAAUUCUUCUGCUACUCUUUCCGAAGAGACGUUCGAAAUGUGAAUAGCUUUUGGCCGCCUGGUGAAUCGGUCACUACGAUUCAUCAGGUAUACCGAGUCUUUUGAAGGCGGCAGAGGACCUACGAGAUCGACGUGCGUCUGUGGUUGGAAACGUGUCUAAUGAGCUUUUCGUAUGCGUUUGUGCCUACGCAUGUUGACACAGAAGGCAAGUAGCUGCUCCAGUAGGAUCAUCGCAAUUGACGUUGUGCCAAACGAAUCGGGCGGUUAUGAGCUAACCGACGCACGAACGCCUAGGUGAGAAAAACCAUGCAGCGUGUCGAACACGGUCUGUCGAAACUCGAGUGGACGCGGUUUGCCCAGAGAUGGGUCGCAAAGAAUACUUCCAUCUGAUAAUGUUGGAGGAACGAGUCGCAUGUCUGGCGAGAGGACCUGCGCAGUAUGUCUAAAGCAGGAUCAUGGAAUUGUGCGGCAGUCAUGGCUGCCUGGUCGAUAGCAGUGUGGGUGUCAGCGGAGAUCGUUUGGACUCGAGGAAGCGCGUCGGUGACGGCGUUGUGCACACCUGAGACGUGUACCUAUGGUAAAUGAAGCGGUAUAGUCCAGAUGCCAUGACUCUCUAGGGGAGUAUCGGUCGGUUGUUGAUCCAAGCACGUAAGUCAGCAGUUUGUGGUCGAUGAAAACAACAAGGGUGCAGCUUUCUAAGAUAUGUCGAAAAUGACGUAGGGCCAGCUAGAUAGCUCAUAGUUCUCUACUGAACGUGCUGUAACGAGAUUAUAAAGAUUACAGGCGUUUAGAAAAAAGCGCCAUGUUUUACCAAGGUUCACCUACCUGUUGCUGCAAGAUGGUGCCAACUGCCCCGUCGAUACUGAGUGACAGCGGGGCCGCCGGGUCGUGGUGCGUUACAAAGGCUAUGUUGACGAUAGCUAUUCUAGGGCUUUGAACGCGGUGCAUACUGCAGAUUUCCUCAGUGUGGCUGCAACAUUUGAUUGUGCAUAUCGAGGCGUGUCUCGAACCUUUCGAUAACAAAUUUAUUUUUCGCAUUUCCUCCGUAACAUUUGGUUGCACAUAGCUGGUUUUGUACUUUUUGUCUCGGUUUGACGAGCUCAAGCUAUUGAAAACAAUUUCUCGGGAAUAAUUCCAGCAGUUUGUUUCCACUUGACUUACCAAUUUGGGCAAUUUUCUUCCUUGUUCACGCGGAUAAUGUUGCGCAAUUACAAUCGCCCAUCUAGGAUUUUUACCUCUUUCGAUAGAGGAGUCUCACUGCUUUCCAUCAAAUUCUUACUCCUCUCAUUCCAUCACCCUGUGUAGCAGUUACAUAGCAACCGUCAGUUAUUUCAGUGGGUGCGUUCAUUCCACUUGCCC